AGAGAUAGGAAGAGGAAGAAACAUGGAUAUGGAGGCUGCUCCAAGAAAAUCUGUCCAUGGAGGUAGUUCAGUCAAGAAGGAAGAUCAGCAGAAGAAAGCUGAAUCAAGUGGUGAUGAAGAUUGCUGUACAGAAGAGGUUUUCCUUAAGGCUGGAAAUGGAAAAGGAGGUCAGGAUGAUAAAAUACACCAAUCCUCACCUAAUCGACAGGAUUUUACAAGUAAAAUACAGGGCUUUUUCAUGCCUAAGAUGGAAAUGACAUCCUCAGAGUUCAACUCUAAUGUAUCUUCUUCAGCCCAAGCGGGACAGGCUGAUCUUCUUAAAUCAACAAAAGCUGAAAUGGGAGAAGUGAUGGAAGAAAAUCAAAGGCUGAGAAUGUACUUAGAUCGAGCAAUGAAGGACUACCGAGCCCUUCAGAUGCAGUUCAAUGAUAUGGUUCAGCAGGAACCUAAUAAAUCUAGUAGCACAAUAACCACUCAUCAAGAAACUGAAGAACCUGAACUCGUCUCCCUAAGUCUUGGAAUGAGUUCAAGUGAUGGGAAGAAAGAUGAUCAUUUUUCCAGCAAAAACCACGGGAAAGAAAAGGUCGAUAAGGAUGGUGAGGAUGAUAAAAAGGUGUUGGCACUUGGAUUGGACUGCAACUUUGAGUUGCCAAAAGAUCAAGCGAAUGAGCCUUCACCUAAUCCCAGCCCGGAGGCUAGCUCAGGAGAAGUGAAGGAAGAAGAAGGUGGGGAAAAAUGGCCACCACAGAAAAGUCUCAAGAAUGUGAGAAGCGAAGAAGAUGAGGUUUCCCAGCAAAACCCUGCCAAAAGAGCUAGGGUUUCUGUGAGAGUCCGAUGUGACACCCCAACGAUGAACGAUGGAUGUCAGUGGAGGAAAUAUGGACAGAAGAUUGCAAAAGGGAAUCCAUGUCCUCGAGCAUAUUAUCGUUGCACUGUUGCACCCAACUGCCCUGUGAGAAAGCAGGUGCAGAGAUGUGCUGAGGACAUGUCCAUUUUGAUAACCACAUAUGAAGGAACGCACAACCAUCCACUUCCUGUCUCAGCCACAGCAAUGGCUUCCACCACUUCGGCUGCCGCUUCCAUGCUAAUGUCUGGUUCCACAACCUCCACUUCAGGCCUUCUACCUCCGUCAAAUUUCGCCUCGGCUAAUCUCAAUGGACUAAACUUUUUCCUCUCAGAUAAUUCGAAACCAAAGCCAUUUUACCUGCCAAAUUCUUCACUCUCGUCUUCACCUUCAUUUCCAACAAUCACACUAGACCUCACCACAAGCUCAAACGCUUCUUCCAAUCUAACCAAACUGGGUAGUUUUCCUCCUAGAUCAUAUUCUGCAACACGAGAUCUCAACUUCAGCUCUCUUGAAUCCAAUGCAUUGCCUCUCUCAUGGAACAAUGGAGUCCUUAGCUAUGGACCUCAAGCUCAACCCUACAAUAAAAACCAAAGUAUUAGUUCCCUAAACUUUGGAAGACAGCCACAAGAAACCCUUUACCAAUCUUAUUCACAAAAGAACCAUACUAUAUUGAACUCUUCUGCACAGCAAUCUCUGCCAGCAGAAACCAUUGCAGCUGCAACUAAAGCAAUCACAUCAGACCCUAGCUUCCAAUCUGCAUUAGCGGCUGCUCUCACAUCCAUCAUCGGCUCCGGUGCUGGUGGCACAACUGGAGCUCCAGCGAGCCAAACAUCAGCAGAUAAAUCCGGCCAGAAUCUGAAGCUGAAUGAUCAAUCAUUUCCUAUUCUUUCUAGCUUCCCAUCAUCCACUUCAACCGUGAACAAAUGUGCUCCAACCUUUCUCAAUUCUUCCAAACCACCAUCUUCAGCGAAUUCUCAGCCCGGAAGCUUGAUGUUCUUAUCACCUUCAUUGUCGUUCCCUACUCCUGGCAAUAAAUCUACAUCUCCAGGAGACAACAGGGACCGUAUAAGUUAAUCCUUUAUUCCCCCUUUUUGUGCAUGGUUUUUGGCAACCUUGCAACUCUCUCUCUCUCUCUCCCUCCUUUUUUUUUUAAGGAUAGGUAUAAAUUAAGAUAUUAAAGAAAGAUUUGUAAUUUUGUAUAAGGAAAGAAAUUGUGC